AUGGAGAUGCCACAAGAAGGAAAAAUAAGCAAACCGCCGGCGGUUGUCAUCAUUGCUAGGCACGGCGCGCGGAUCGAUGCGGUUGACAAGGAAUGGCAUCUCACUUCUCCCACACCAUACGACCCUCCUUUGACAUAUGGCGGCUGGAUCCAAGGACGUGCGCUGGGUGCGCGGAUAGCUAGUCUAUUGAAAGCGAGAGAAGAUUCAGUACAUGACGAAACGAUACCUACAACGAACAUCUCGGUAUCCCUAGCAAGCAGCUCCAUGAGUGAGAUCAUAUCACCCGAGGACAGUCACCCAAAACCGCCUAAAAAAACGUCCGUUGCGAUCAGCGCUGGCAUGAGCCAGUUCUACCGAGCCGACAACGAGCCUUCGAACAGCCACACCCCAGUUUCAUCUACUCCGGCGUCUGAAGAUAUAUCGCCUAUGGGCACACCAUCACGAUCAUCCACGCCGACGUUGUCGGAUCAAUGGAACAGACAUAAUGGAAAGGAUAGGUUCAGCCAUGGAAAACGCGCCAAGGUUGCUCCACGUACACGCCUUCGCAUUGAUGCAUUUCUAGGAGAAUGGUUGUCGCCGGACUACUUCGAUCAAAUUACACCACCUCCAGGGUCAGUUAUGAUGGUAGCAGGUGCCAAAGCAGAGCUCUUGCGACGUGGGGAAAUUCUUCACCGCGCGAAUAACCUCGGGAGCAACUCUUUCUCUGGAAAUUUCCCCGGUGGUUGGAAGAGUAAUCAGCCACCUUUAUCACCGGAGAUACUAACUGAUACAACUUUCGGAAUGUCUUCACUUGCCGAGGCUUUACCUUUCGAAGACCAUUUAGGCACCGAGGAUGGUCGCUUUAGUCGUUCGAUCAAAGGAAUAACCAUUCGAGAUGUGCUUUCACGAUCACCAUCACGUUCUCAGGAAGACCUCUCGGCCGGUUAUAUGCCACCAACCCCGUCAUAUGCUAUUUCGCCAUCUGAGCCGAUUCCAACGGGCUAUGUUUCGCAUGCAAGAGAUUCUUGUGUUGACGUGGACUAUCAGUGGGAUAGCUUGAAGGAUCCACAAAAUUGGGGUGAUGGCGGCGAAUAUGACGAGGAGUGGAGUACAAUGCAUAAACGCUUCCGAAACGGACUUAUAAAAAUGAUAGACUGGUAUAGCCAUGAGAAGCCGCCCAGGUCGCAUCGUCAUCAUCAUCAUCACCACCACCAUCAUCAUGAAGACGAUGAUGAGACUGAUACAGUACUUGUCCUUGUUACUCACGGAGCUGGCUGUAAUGCUCUUAUCGGAGCAUUGACGAAUCAGCCUGUAUUGAUCAAUGUGGCAAUGGCAUCCUUGACGAUGGCAGUUCGCAAAGACAUUUUUAAGACAAAGGCCUCGAACCACCAAUCGGUUGAUACGAUGCGUAACGGUCGCACUGAACAUCAUCAUCACUUACCAUCUUCCAUUCCUCUUUAUCAUAUCUACAACCUGUCUCUGAUUGCAUCCACCGAACAUCUUCGCGUAACGUCGAACCCUCUAUCCAUUCCACAACUGCCGAGUCCCACUCUUGAAAGAUCGAGAUCAAUAUCUGCCUACCGACACCGCACCGCAUCCAGCCCUCUUAGAAUUACGGCCAACACCUUAGGCAACAAAGACAACAAGUCUGCGCACCCACGUGGCCUUCAGCGAUCGGCGACAAUCACCUCCACACAUCAACAUCAUCCCUCUCGCAGCCUGGUCGGUUUAUGGGCAUCCAAAGAUAAGAAAAAUACCAUCGACGAAAUUCCGAGCUAUCAAUUUGAGCAGCGCUAUCCCGACUCCGACACGCAAACAGUCACUUCCCCCAGUCUUCAAGAACAAAAGGAAAAUAUCGAAGACCCUAUUGCAGAACAGCCGAAAUCACAGUUUGGUCUAUGGGGCAGUGCAGCCAUCGCGCAGGCACGCGAACCAGCUUUGAAGAGACGAUGGACCGUGACCGACCAGCAUAGACAGUGA